AACAGAUUGCUAAAGAUUGGCUAUGCAGCCAACUAUACACACCAUUGCCUUGUAAGUUGCUAACUCCCAAACAAAAAACCCGCUUCCCAACUGUCAAAACAUAACCUCAUCUAUCACCGUUGCCGAAAAAUGACCGAUGACAUCGACCCCAACAAAAAUGACGAGACUCCCAUGGAACAACCACCACCGACACCAACACAAAAAACCGAAGAGGCGCCAAGCACAGCCGCCCCGACGCCAAAACCGGAAAACGGCGACAAGACAACCAAAACAAAUGAACAACAGAGUAACUGCUAUUGCGGGAAAGAACGAAAUUUGAAUAUUGUCGAACUAUUGUGUGCAAAUUGCUCGCGAUGGUUCCACGAGUCCUGCAUUGGGUACCAGUUGGGCAAGUUGGUACCCUUCAUGGCCAACUAUAUUUUCUUGUGCAAGAACUGCUCGCCCACGGGGUUGGAGAGUUUCAAAAAAAGUCAAGCGCAAAUUGCUCAAAUGUGUGUCACUGCAAUUGCAAAUUUGCAACAAGGUAGCCUGAAGGAGGGCUCUAACAGGUUGAUGUUUAGCAAAGAAAAGGAGAUUAUACCAUACAUUGAGCACCAUUGGGAGGCGCUUACUACCACCUCACGCCGCGUGACCCAAUCUUGGCACUCAACAGUCCAUAAAGCGCUUAUUAAAGACAUCCACGUGUUGUUUAUUUUUGAGGAAAGUCCCAUCAAUGGUCAAAUGUAUGGUCUGAUCAACACUGACCUCACCCAAAUCAAGCCCAACUACGAGGCCAUGAUCAAAGGUGGUACUCUCAAAGUCACCGACAUGGGCAUCCAGCAUGUUCCAGUUGCCGGCGGGGUGAAGUCCCGAAGCGCCAAGCGGAAGUUCCCGGGGGACGUAAGCGGCGGCGGGAAAAAAGGCCGAGGGGUGGACCUGGGGACGCCCAAACUACCGGCGCACGGAUACCCCCUUGACCACCCCUUUAACAAGGACGGCUACCGGUAUUUCCUGGCAGAGCCUGACCCCCACGCCCCCUACCGGCAAGAGUUCGACGAGAGUUCAGACUGGGCGGGGAAACCCAUUCCCGGCUGGCUCUACAGGACGCUGAUCCCCAGCACUGUGCUGCUGGCGCUCCACGACAGGGCCCCCCAGCUGAAAAUCUCAGAGGACAGGCUGGCCGUCACGGGGGAGAAGGGCUAUUCCACAGUCAGGGCCACUCAUGGGGUAACCAAGGGUACAUGGUACUGGGAGGCGACCAUUGAGGAGAUGCCUGAAGGCACGGCCACGAGAAUGGGCUGGGGGCAGGACUACGCCAACUUGCAAGCCCCCUUGGGCUACGACAAGUUCGGCUACUCGUGGAGGUCCCGAAAAGGCACGAGGUUUCACGAAUCGGCGGGGAAACACUACAGUCCAGGAUUUGGAGAAGGGGACACUUUGGGUUUCAUGAUAGUUUUGCCCCAAAACAACAAGACCAAGCUAGUCCCGAAUACAUACAAAGACAGACCCCUCGUUAAAUUCAAAAGUCAUCUCUAUUAUGAGGAUAAAGACCACGUGCCCGAACGGCUAAAGUCCCUAAAAGCGCUCCCAGGGAGCAAAAUAUUGUUUUUCAAAAAUGGGGAAUGCCAAGGAGUCGCUUUUGAGAAUAUUUAUCAAGGGACGUACUAUCCCACCGUUUCGAUUCAUAAAAGUGCGACGGUUUCGGUCAAUUUUGGGCCCAAUUUCAAGUGCCCCCCUGGAUCUGAAUACGACUAUAAAGGGAUGCACCAAAAGGCGGAAGAGGCCAUUUGCGAGCAGACAAUGGCCGAUCUGAUCUACUUAACUGAGAAUGAAGGAAAAUUACGCUUAGACAGUUUCGUAUUGUGACAAUAAUGUACAAUUUUUUGUUCAAUUCUAAUUAAGUUAUCAAGUACUACAAUCAUUUGCCGAAGCCGCCCCUACAGUUAGGACUGGGUUCGAUUAUUUGCUCACUGCUGCUCCACUGUGAAGGGGUUUUGGCAACAAUCGAGAGAGCAUGGACUCCACUUUGCAAUUCUUCCUUUAAAAUGUCGUUUACCAAUCUGUGUCUCUAGAAAUUUAAAUAAAAGUUUACAAAGCA